GACCACAUGAUGGUUUAGGAGCUGAUGCAUCAGACUAACAUUGCUUUUGCCCAGCUUGUCUCAGGAGGGAGGACAGUCAGAGAGGCUUUGCUCCUAAGGAAAUUUAUUUAAAUAUAACGGGACUGAAGUUGGAGAAACACAUCAAGCACCCCAGAAGCAAAGCAAGAGAGCAUCCCUGCAGAUAAAUGGUGGGACGAGAGAAAUUAACUUCAUUAAGUUAAGUGAGUAGGUGGACAGGCUUUCCGCAAAGAUGGCAGAUGAAGACGAUUACGAUGAGGUUGUGGAGUACUACAUAGAAGAGGAGGUCGAGGGUGAACCAGGCGAGAUGACUACUGAGAUCACAACGACCACAUACAGCACUGGCUCCGCACCGUACACAGUAACAACAAGACAUACUUCAGAAACAAGCAGACAUCCUUCAGCAACAAGAACGCAUACUUAUGAAACAACCAGAACCACAACACAUACUUUGGAUAGUACAACACAACCUCCGGAAGCCAUAGACACUUCUCACAAGGCCUCCCAUCCUGUCAGAAAAAAAGUUGUACGGAAAAAAGUGGACACAUCUAAGUUUCGGACACCUUACUUGGAUCACAGUUCAAAAAUGCAAAAGCUCUUCAGCGAUAAAAAGUACAAGGAAAAUUUUGAAAAAGAAAAAGGAAAACCAUGUGGAAUAACAACUGAUACUCCCCUACAUCGGAGAAUUAAAAAAGUCCAGGACCAGCUCAGUGAGGUUAAGUAUCGCAUGGCUGGGGAGGCAGCUAGAACCGAUUGCCACCUUGAUGAGAAAGCAAGAGACAUUGAGCAUGCAAAGAAAGUUUCUCAGCAAGUCAGCAAGGUUUUAUACAAACAGAAUUGGGAAGAAAAUAAGGAAAAGUACUUGCUUCCUCCUGAUGCUCCUGAGCUUGUUCAUGCCAUAAAAAAUACAGCCUUAUUCAGUAAGAAACCUUACACUGAAGAGUGGGAAGCAGACAAGGCCCUCUUCUAUCCUUAUGAUGACAGUCCUGAACUUAGGAGAGUUGCAAAGGCACAGAAGGCCCUCAGUGACAUUGUUUACAAAAAAGGCCACGAUGAGCGGAAAUCAAAAUACACGCCUGUGCCUGACCCACUUGAUGUGGAGCUUGCCAAGAAAGUUACUCGACAGCUCAGUGAUCACAAUUAUCACGAAGGCUAUAAAAAGGAGAAGGGCAAAUGGAGCCAAACACCAUGCUAUGAUGUCGCAAUUGCCAAAAUGAACUCUGACAACUUGAGCCUGAGAAAAUACCAGGAAGACUGGGAAUCGAAGAAAGACAAUAUUUAUUUCAUGCAGACAGAAACACCGGAGUAUGCAGUUAAUAAGCGUGCUGGAAUUGCUGCCAGUAAGAUAAAAUACAAGGAAGAUUAUGAAAAAGCCAAAGGUUCAGCAGAUUAUAAUGUACUUCCAGCAACGGAGAAUCCAAUGCUCAGGCAUCUAAAAGCUGUUUCAAAUAAUAUAAAUGAUAGAUUAUAUAAGGAAGCAUACGAGAAAGCCAAAGCAAAAAGUAUAAACUAUUGUGAGACUCCAAAGUACCAAAUCGACAAUGUUCUGAAAGACUUUAGUGAUGUCAAAUACAAAGAGCCUUACAAAGCCAAUGUCUUGGGCCGGUACAUAGGCACCUUUGAAGACCCCUAUCAAGCACAUUGCAUGAAGGUGGCCGCUAUGAAGAGUGACAAAAACUAUAAAGCAGACUACGAAGAGGAAAAGGCUAACUGCUACUUCCCCCAGACCUUGACUCAAGAAUAUGAAGUCCAGAAGAAGCUAGACAAAUGCAAAGAUGUUGUCUACAAGAAACCUCCAGAUCAGAUUAAGUUUACUCAGGUGGCGAAUUCUCCUGUUCUGGUACAAGCACAGAUUAAUACCAAGCAAUUAAGUGAUAUGAAUUACAAAGCCAAACAUGAGGCAGAAAAAUCCAGAUGUUCCAUACCUCCAGAUACUCCUUUGCUUCUCCAGGCCAGAGUCAAUUCUUAUAAUAUCAGUGAUAAUUGGUAUAAGUAUGACUGGGAUCAAUCCAAAGCAAAGAAGUUUGAUAUCAAAAUGGAUGCUAUCCCGAUUCUGGCUGCCAAAGCAAAACAAAAAAUUGCAAGUGAUGUAAGUUACAAAAAGGGCUAUGAAAAGAGCAAAGGGAAGCUUGUUGGAGCUUUGAGUGUUGAAGAUGAUCCUAGGAUCAUGCACUCGCUGAAAGUAGCCAAGCUGCAAAGCGAUAGGCUAUAUAAGGAACCAUAUGAAAAAGCAAAAGGAGUAAGCAUUAACUAUUGUGAGACUCCACAGUAUCAAGUGGACAGUGUUCUUAAGAACUUCAGUGGGGUGAAAUACAAGGAGCCUUAUGUAACCAAUGUCUUGGGACGGUACAUAGGCACUUUUGAGGACCCCUAUCAAGCACAUUGCAUGAAGAUUGAAGCUAUGAAGAGUGACAAAAACUAUAAGGCAGACUAUGAAGACGAAAAGGCUAAAUGCUAUUUCCCUCAAACCAUAACUCAAGAAUAUGAAGCCAUAAAGAAACUGGACAUAUGCAAAGAUCAUGCAUACAAGAAACAUCCUGAUCAGAUCAAGUUUACCCCUGUGACAGACUCACUGGUUAUGGUACAAGCACAAAUUAAUUCCAAGCAGCUGAGUGAUUUGAACUACAAAGCCAAACACGAAGCUGAGAAAAACAGAUGUUCUAUCCCUCCAGAUGCUCCCUUAUUCCUCCAAUCCAAAGUCAAUGCCUACAACAUCAGUGAUAAUUGGUAUAAAUAUGACUGGGAUCAAUCAAAAGCAAAUAAAUUUGACAUCAAGAUGGAUGCCAUUCCAAUUCUAGCUGCAAAAGCGAAGCAAAAAAUUGCAAGUAAUGUUGAAUACAAAAAGGGUUAUGAAGAGAGCAAAGGCAAGUUAAUUGGAGCUCUGAGUAUUGAAGAUGAUCCCAAGUUGAUACAUUGCCAAAAAGUGGCCAAGCAACAGAGUGAUCUGCUCUAUAAAAAAGAUUAUGAAGCAUCAAAGACCAGAUACACAGCACCACUGGAUAUGAUUCCUGUUGUACAAGCAAAGAAAGCUCAGGCGAUCGUCAGUGAUACAGACUACAGGCAUCGGAUCCAUAAUUACUCCUAUCCUCCUGAUAGUAUUAAUGUGGAGCUGGCCAGGAAGGCUAAUACUAUACUAAGUGAUAAUGAAUAUAAAGCUGAUUACAACAGUUGGAUGAAAGGAUGUGGUUGGAUACCUUAUGGAUCCCUGGAUGCAGAAACAGCAAAAAGAACUUCAGGAUACGUAAGCGAGAAAAAAUACCGCCAGCCUCCAGACACUAUUAAAUUUACACAAAUUGAAGAUCAUCCUACUGUGGUUCAGGCUAAAAUCAAUCAAGCCCAGCGGAGUGAUGUACUUUAUAAAGCCAAAAAUGAAGAAUUAAUUCACAAUUAUAACCUCCCGGCAGAUGCGCCUCAAUUUAUCCAGGCAAAGGUUAAUUCCUACAAUAUCAGUGAUACUUACUACAAACUGGGUUUGGAAGACCUGAAAUCCAAGGGCUAUGACUUGAGGAGUGAUGCCAUUCCCAUUAUAGCAGCUAAAGCUGCCAGAAAGGCUGCCAGUGAUUUUGAAUAUAAGAAGGGCUACGAACAAGCCAAAGGCAAACUGAUUGGCUUCCAGAGCAUUCAAGAUGACCCCAAAUUAGUCCAUUAUAUGAAUGUGGCCAAGAUGCAGUCAGAGCGGGACUACAGGAAAGCUUAUGAGCAAAGCAAGACUAAGUACAACACUCCACUUGAUAUGGUGACUGUUGUAGCUGCUAAGAAAGCCCAGGAAAUUGUCAGCAAUACCAAUUACAAGAAUCCCCUGCACAAUUAUACGUUAUUGCCAGAUGAUAUUGGUGUGGAGCGAGCUAAAAACAUGAUGCAGAUUCAGAGUGAUAAUCUUUACAAGACAGAUUUUAAUAGCUGGAUGAAAGGAAUUGGGUGGAUCCCAAUUGGUUCCCUUGAAGCGGAGAAAGUUAGAAAAGCAGGAGAGGCUCUAAAUGAGAAGAAGUACCGACAGCAUCCAGACACUAUUAAAUUUACAAGUAUUGUGGAUUCUCCUGUCAUGGUCCAGGCUAAGCAGAAUGCACUUCAGCUCAGUGAUAUAUUAUACAAAUCUUCUGGGGAAGAAAUGAAGCAUACUUACAAUUUGCCUGCAGAUGCCCCUCAAUUUAUCCAGGCCAAAUAUAAUGCAGCUAAUAUCAGUGAUAAUUAUUAUAAAUAUGGCUAUCAGGACCUCAUAGCCAAAGGACCCAAUGUACUGGUUGAUGCCAUUCCAAUUACUCAUGCCAAGGCCUCAAGAAACAUUGCUAGUGACUUCAAAUACAAAGAAGCUUAUCAAAAGACUAAAGGCAAACAGGUUGGUUUCCGAAACUUGCAAGACGCUCCUCUGCUUGUCCAUUCCAUGAAUGUGGCCAAGAUGCAGUCUGAGCGUGAGUACAAGAAGGAUUAUGAGAAAAGCAAGACAUGCUACCACACACCAGUGGAGAUGGUCAGUAUCCAAGCUGCCAAGCAGGCUCAGGAUUUAGCCUCCAAUGUCAACUACAAACAUCUGAUCCAUCGCUAUACCUACCUGCCUGAUGCUAUGAAUGUGGAGCUGGCCAAGAAUCGGAUGCAAAUCCAGAGUGAUAUUGCUUACAAAGAUGACUACAACAACUGGUUGAAAGGUGUGGGAUGGAGUCCCUUGGGCUCCCUAGAUAUGGAAAAAGUUAGAAAAGCUGGCGAUGCAAUAUGUGAAUCUAAAUAUCGCCAGCACCCAGACCAAUUCAAGUUUUCAAGUUUGAUGGAUGCUAUGCCAAUGGUUUUGGCUCAUCACAAUACCAAACAGCUGAGUGAUAUAAACUAUAAGAUAGAAGGUGAGAAAGUGAAGCACAAGUAUCAUUUGGAUCCAGAUGUACCUGCAUUUAUUCAAGCAAAAGUCAAUGCCUACAAUAUAAGUGAUAAUUUCUACAAAGCAGGCUGGAAGAGGCGGCUUGCUGAAGGCUAUGACAUGAAAGCAGAUGCUAUUCCUAUUGUUGCCGCAAAAGCUUCACGCCACAUUGCCAGUGAUUACAAAUACAAGGAAUCCUAUGAGAAAGAAAAAGGAAAGCAAAUUGGCUUCCUUAGCCUGCAAGAUGAUCCUAAAUUGGUUCAUUAUAUGAAUGUGGCAAAACUACAAUCAGAACGUGAAUACAAGAAAGGCUACGAAAGCGGCAAAACUAAAUAUAAUUUACCUCUAGACAUGUUCAGUGUAGUGGCCGCUAAGAAAGCCCAAGAAGUUGUGACUGACACAAACUACAAACAACCUCUGCACCAUUACACUCUUCUUCCUGAUGCCAUGAGUAUGGAAUUGUCAAGAAACAGGAUGCAGAUUCAGAGUGAUAAUCUUUACAAAACCGACUUUAAUAGCUGGCUGAAGGGAGUAGGCUGGGUGCCAAUUCAAUCUCUGGAAGUGGAAAAUGCAAAGAAUGCCACUCAUAUUCUCAGUGAAAAUAAAUAUCGUCAGCAUCCAGACAAACUGAAGUAUACCAUUGACAUGGAUGCUAUGGAACAGGUGUUGGCUAAACAAAAUGCCCAUAACAUGGAUAAGAGGCGGUAUGUAGAAAAAUGGAACAAAGACAAGACUGAUAUUCACGUAAUGCCUGAUACACCAGAAAUACUUCUGUCCAGAGCCAACCAAAUCACCAUGAGUGAUAAAAUAUAUAGGUCUGGCUGGGAAGAGGAGAAGAAGAAAGGCUAUGAUCUACGACCAGAUGCUCUGUCCAUAAAAGCAGCUAAAACUUCCAGGGAUAUUGCAAGUGAUUACAAAUACAAAUUGGCCUUCGAACAAUCAAAAGGAAGGCAGAUCGGCUUCCGUAACGUAAAAGAUGACCCUAAGCUUGUGCACUAUAUGGAAGUUGCCAAGAUGCAAUCUGAGCGCGAAUAUAAAAAGGACUAUGAAAAAUCAAAGACCCGGUUCCACAUUCCUGUCGACAUGUUCAGUGUUGUGGCAGCCAAGAAAGCACAGGAAGUGGCCACUGAUACCAACUACCGGAAUAUUAUCCACACUUACAGCGCUUUGCCCGAUUCAAUGAACCUUGAAUUGGCCAAAAAUAUGAUGCAGAUCCAGAGUGACAAUCAGUACAAAGCAGACUAUGAUGAAUUCAUGAAAGGGAUUGGAUGGAUACCACUAGGAUCUCUAGAAUCUGAAAAGAAUAGGAAAGCCAUGGAGAUUGUCAGUGAGAAGAAGUACAGACAACAUCCAGACAAACUGAAAUAUUCUAUUCUAAUGGAUUCUAUGCCAAUGGUUCUGGCAACAAGUAAUGCAAAAAUAAUGGAUGAUCACCUUUACAAAAAGGAUUGGGAAGCAGCAAAGACGCAGAUUCAUAUCACACCAGAUAUUCCUGAGAUUCUUUUGGCAAAAGUCAAUGCAUAUAACAUCAGUGAUAAAAUAUAUAAACAUUCUCUGGAAGAAGUUAAGAAGAAAGGCUAUGACCUCAGAAGUGAUGCAAUCCCUAUUAAAGCUGCUAAAGCUUCUCGGGAGAUUGCCAGUGAUUACAAAUAUAAAUUAGGUUAUGAACAGGACAAGGGUAAGCUUGUUGGCUUCCGCAGCCUCCAAGAUGACCCCAAGCUUGUCCAUUACAUGCAAGUGGCCAAGAUGCAGUCAGAUCGCGAGUACAAGAAAGCCUAUGAAAGCAGCAAAACGAGAUACAACAUGCCUGCUGAUGCUGUCAGCGUUGUGGCUGCCAAAGAAGCACAAGACAAUAUUACCAAUGUCAAUUACAAAAGGCUCAUCCAUAAAUAUAUCCUUCUGCCGGAUGCCAUAAAUGUAGAACUGGCCAGAAACAUGAACCGGGUUCAAAGUGAUCAUGAAUAUAAGCAAGAUUAUAAUGAAUGGUAUAAAGGUCUUGGUUGGAGCCCUGCUGGGUCAUUGGAUAUUGAGAAGUCCAAGAAAGCCACUGAAAUUGCUAGUGAUACCAAAUAUCGCCAGCAUCCAAGUGCUUUCCCAUUUAAGAAGCUGACUGAUUCAAUGGAUAUGGAACUCGCCAAGCACAAUGCUGAUGUUAUGAAUAAGCGUGCAUACAUAAAUGCAUGGGAGAAAGAUAAGACGACGAUUCAUGUCAUGCCAGAUACACCAGAUAUUAUGCUGGCUAAAGCAAAUAAGUUUAAUUACAGCCAGAAACUGUACAAAGUUGGAUUGGAAGAAAUGUUGAAGAAGGGUUAUGAUCUCACUACCGAAGCCAUGUCAGUGAAAGCAGCUAAAGCAUCCAGAGACAUUGCUAGUGAUUACAAGUACAAAGAAGGUUAUCGCAAGCAACUCGGCCAUCAUAUUGGAGCUCGCAGUAUAGAAGAUGAUCCUAAAAUGUUGCAUUCUAUGAAUGUGGCCAAGAUGCAGAGUGAGAGGGAAUACAAGAAAGUUUUUGAGAAGCUGAAGACCAAGUACAUCAGUCCUGUGGAUAUGCUGUCAGUCUUGGGGGCAAAGAAUUGCCAGAAGCUGGUCAGCGAUAUUGAUUACCGUAAUUAUUUGCACCAGUGGACAUGCCUCCCAGAUCAAAAUGAUGUCAUCCAUGCCAGGAAGGCCUAUGAACUACAAAGUGAUCUUGCAUAUAAAUCUGAUCUCGAAUGGCUUAAAGGCAUUGGAUGGAAUACGUUGGGAUCUCUCGAGUCGGAAAAGAACAAGAAAGCUUCUGAGAUUCUGAAUGAAAGAACUUAUCGUCAACAUCCAGACACAAUUAAAUUCACAAGCAUUCCUGAUUCAAUGGAAAUUGUUCUGGCAAAAGAAAACUCAAAGCAUAGAAGUGAUAGACUUUACCGAGAAGCUUGGGACAAAGAUAAGACUCAGAUUCAUAUCAUGCCUGACACUCCUGAGAUUGUGUUGUCCAGAAUUAACUUAGUUAACUUGAGUGAUAAACUCUACAAAUUAGGAUUGGAAGAAUUGAAAAGGAAAGGCUAUGAUCUUCCACCUGAUGCCAUACCGAUCAAGGCAGCAAAAGCAUCUAGAGAAAUAGCCAGUGAAUAUAAAUACAAAGAGGCAUACCGUAAACAGCUCGGUCACCACAUUGGAGCUCGCAGUAUAGAAGAUGAUCCUAAAAUGUUGCAUUCUAUGAAUGUGGCCAAGAUGCAGAGUGAGAGGGAAUACAAGAAAGUUUUUGAGAAGCUGAAGACCAAGUACAUCAGUCCUGUGGAUAUGCUGUCAGUCUUGGGGGCAAAGAAUUGCCAGAAGCUGGUCAGCGAUAUCGAUUACCGUAAUUAUUUGCACCAGUGGACAUGCCUCCCAGAUCAAAAUGACGUCAUCCAUGCCAGGAAAACGUAUGACCUUCAAAGUGAUAUUAAUUAUAAAUCAGACCUUGAGUGGCUCAGGGGUAUUGGCUGGUGUCCUAGUGGUUCUUUGGAAGCAGAGAAGAAUAAGAGAGCUUCUGAGAUCUUGACUGACCAUGGAUAUAGGCAGCACCCUUCUACCUUCGCUUUUACCAGCCCUAUUGAUUCCUUACCUUUGGCUUUGGCAAAACAUAACUCAGAAAUUAUGAAUCAGCGUAUGUAUGUUGAUGCUUGGAAUAAAGAUAAAACCACUAUCCAUAUUAUGCCUGAUACUCCUGAAAUUCUACUGUCGCAACAGAACAAAAUCAACUUCAGUGAUAAACUGUACAAACUGUCAUUGGAAGAGGCCAAGAAGAAGGGGUAUGAUCUUCGGAUAGAUGCAAUUCCUAUCAAGGCUGCUAAAGCAUCCAGAGAUAUUGCAAGUGAGGUAUGUAGUUACAUGAUAUCAUACAAACAAGGUUAUCGCAAGCAACUCGGCCAUCAUAUUGGAGCUCGCAGUAUAGAAGAUGAUCCUAAAAUGUUGCAUUCUAUGAAUGUGGCCAAGAUGCAGAGUGAGAGGGAAUACAAGAAAGUUUUUGAGAAGCUGAAGACCAAGUACAUCAGUCCUGUGGAUAUGCUGUCAGUCUUGGGGGCAAAGAAUUGCCAGAAGCUGGUCAGCGAUAUUGAUUACCGUAAUUAUUUGCACCAGUGGACAUGCCUCCCAGAUCAAAAUGAUGUCAUCCAUGCCAGGAAGGCCUAUGAACUACAAAGUGACAAUUACUACAAGUCUGAUCUUCAAUGGUUGAAAGGUAUUGGGUGGGUCCCAAUUGGUUCCUUGGAUAAUGAAAAAGCCAAGAAAGCUGGAGAGAUCCUAAGCGAAAAGUUGUAUCGUCAGCCUCCAGACCGAUUCAAGUUUACAAGUGUGACAGAUUCUCUAGAAAUACUUUUGGCCAAGCAUAAUGCAGAAAAUAUGAAUAAGCGUUUGUACACUGAAGCUUGGGAUAAAGACAAGACGCAAAUUCACAUAAUGCCUGAUACCCCCGAAAUCACUUUAGCAAGACAGAACAAGAUCAACUACAGUGAGAGUUUAUAUAAGCUUUCCUUGGAAGAGGCAAAGAAGAAAGGGUACGACUUACGAAUUGAUGCAAUUCCAAUUCAGUCUGCCAAGGCAUCCAGAAUUAUUGCUAGUGAUUACAAAUACAAAGAAGGUUAUCGCAAACAACUGGGCCAUCACAUUGGAGCUCGUAGCAUAGAAGAUGAUCCUAAAAUUAUGCAUUGUAUAAAUGUAGCCAAGAUGCAAAGUGAGAGGGAAUACAAGAAAGUCUUUGAGAAACUGAAGACCAAAUAUAGCAGUCCUGUGGAUAUGCUGUCAGUCUUGGGGGCCAAGAAUUGCCAGAAACUAGUCAGUGAUAUUGAUUAUCGCAACUACUUGCACCAGUGGACAUGUCUACCAGAUCAGAAUGAUGUCAUCCAUGCUAGGAAAGCUUAUGAUUUGCAGAGUGAUAAUUGCUACAAAACAGAUCUUGAGUGGAUAAAAGGCAUCGGCUGGGUCCCUAUUGGUUCACUGGAUGUUGAGCGUGCUAAGAAAGCAGGAGAGAUCCUGAGUGAAAAGAUGUACCGCCAGCCUCCAGAGAAUUUCAAAUUUACCAGUGUGACAGAUUCUCUAGAAAUGGAAUUGGCCAGGCAUAAUGCUGAAACCAUGAACAAGAGGCUGUAUACUGGAGCUUGGGAUACUGAUAAACGCACAAUCCAUGUCAUGCCUGAUACACCGGAAAUUGUUCUAGCAAAGUUCAACAAAUUGAACUAUAGCCAGAAAUUGUACCGAUUGGCCAUGGAGGAAGCAAAGAAGGAUGGCUAUGAUCUGCGUCUUGAUGCCAUCCCAAUUCAAGCUGCCAAGGCUUCAAGAGCUAUUGCCAGUGAUUACAAAUACAAAGAAGGUUAUCGCAAGCAACUUGGCCACCACAUUGGAGCUCGUAGUAUAGAAGACGAUCCUAAAAUGUUGCAUUCUAUAAAUGUAGCCAAGAUGCAGAGUGAGAGAGAAUAUAAGAAAGUCUUUGAGAAACUGAAGACCAAAUAUAGCAGUCCUGUGGAUAUGCUGUCAAUCUUGGGGGCAAAGAAUUGCCAGAAAUUGGUCAGUGAUGUUGAUUACCGUAAUUAUUUGCACCAGUGGACAUGCCUCCCAGAUCAAAAUGAUGUCAUUCAUGCCAGGAAGGCUUAUGAAUUACAGAGUGAUAAUUGCUACAAAACAGAUCUUGAGUGGAUAAAAGGCAUCGGCUGGGUCCCUAUUGGUUCACUGGAUGUUGAGCGUGCUAAGAAAGCAGGAGAGAUCCUGAGUGAAAAGAUGUACCGCCAGCCUCCAGAGAAUUUCAAAUUCACCAGUGUGACAGAUUCUCUAGAAAUGGAAUUGGCCAGGCAUAAUGCUGAAACCAUGAACAAGAGGAUGUAUACGGAAGCGUGGGAUACUGAUAAACGCACAAUCCAUGUGAUGCCUGAUACGCCAGAAAUCGUCCUAGCAAAAUUCAAUAAGUUAAACUAUAGCCAGAAAUUGUACCGACUAGCCAUGGAGGAAGCAAAAAAAGAUGGCUAUGACUUGCGUCUUGAUGCCAUCCCAAUUCAAGCUGCCAAGGCUUCAAGAGCUAUUGCUAGUGACUACAAAUACAAAGAAGGUUAUCGCAAGCAACUGGGUCAUCACAUUGGAGCUCGCAGUGUGGAAGAUGAUCCUAAAAUUUUGCAUUCUAUAAAUGUAGCCAAGAUGCAAAGUGAGAGGGAAUAUAAGAAAGUCUUUGAGAAACUGAAGACCAAAUAUACCAGUCCUGUGGAUAUGCUGUCAAUUUUGGGGGCCAAGAAUUGCCAGAAAUUGGUCAGCGAUAUUGAUUAUCGUAAUUACCUACAUCAAUGGACAUGUCUGCCAGAUCAGAAUGAUGUCAUCCAAGCUAGGAAGGCUUAUGAUCUGCAAAGUGAUUCUCUUUACAAGUCAGAUCUAGAAUGGCUGAAAGGCAUUGGCUGGGUGCCUCUUGGUUCACUGAAUGUUGAACAUGUCAAGAGAGCUGGAGAAAUCCUAAGUGAAAACAAGUAUCGGCAACCUCCUCAUCAAAUGAAAUUUACCUGUAUCACAGAUGCUUUAGAUGUAGAAUUAGCAAAGCAUAAUGCUGAGAUAAUGAGCAAGAAAUUAUACACUGAAGCAUGGGAUGCUGAUAAAAUCAAAAUCAAUGUCAUUCCAGAUACCCCAGAAAUUCUGCUGGCCAAGGCAAAUGCUGCAAAUAUCAGCCAUAAACUUUAUGUCCAAGGAUGGGAAGAUACUAAGAAGAAAGGUUACGACCUGAGAACCGAUGCUAUUCCAAUUAAAGCAGCAAAAGCUUCGAGGGAUAUUGCUAGUGAUUAUAAAUACAAAGAAGCGCAUGAAAAGCAAAAAGGGCAUUAUGUUGGGGUUCAAAGAAUGGAAGAUGAUCCCAAGCUGGUAUGGUUUGCCCAUGCAGGCAAGAUUCUGAGUGAUCUGGAGUACAAGAAGAACUUUGAACAGUGUAAAGCAAACAUCCAUUGUCCCCCUGACAUGCUAUCAAUCUUAGAUGCUAAGAAUUGUCAGAAGUUGGUUAGUGAAGUGGACUAUCGCAAACAUUUGCAUGAAUGGAUGUGCCUGCCAGACCAGAAUGAUGUUAUUCAAGCAAGGAAAGCAUAUGACCUCCAGAGCGAUAAUGUGUAUAAGGCAGACUUGGAAUGGCUGCGUGGAAUUGGCUGGAUGCCAGAAGGCUCUGUGGAAAUCCAACGAGUGAAGAAUGCUCAGGAUCUGAUGCGUGAAAGGCUAUACCGGCAGCGGCCAGAUUCUCUGAAAUUCACAGCUAUUGUUGAUUCCCCGGACGUUGUCUUGGCUAAGGCCAAUGCUUUGAUGCAGAGUGGGGCUUUAUAUCGUGAAGUUUGGGAUAAAGAAAAAACACAGUACACCCUUCCACUUGACAUUCCUGAGAUCGUUCUGUCCAAAGCAAAUUCUGUGAACUACAGUAAAAAACAAUAUCAACUUGGAUUGGAGGAGUUGAAGAAGAAAGGCCAUGACUUAAGAUUGGAUGCUAUUGAAAUCCAACAUGCCAAGGCUUCUAGGAAUAUUGCUAGUGAGUACAAGUACAAAGAAGGUUACCGUAAACAAGUGGGACACCAUAUUGGAUGCCGAGAUAUUCAUGAUGAUCCCAAAUUAGUGUUGGCAAUGCAUGUAGCUAAACUGCAGAGUGAGAGGGAGUACAAGAAAUAUUUUGAGAAGUUUAAAACCAAGUUUAAUAGCCCAGUGGACAUGCUGUCCAUCUUGUUGGCCAAGAAAUGCCAGAAACUGGUUAGUGACAUUGAUUAUCGCCGCUAUCUCCAUGAAUGGAUAUGUUUGCCUGAUCAGAAUGAUGUCAUCCAAGCCAAGAAAGCCUAUGACCUACAGAGCGAUAAUCUUUACAAGUCAGAUCUGGAAUGGCUCCGUGGGAUUGGCUGGAUGCCGGAAGGCUCUGUGGAUGUGGUCAGAGUGAAAAGGGCUCAAGAUCUCGUGAAUGAGAGGUUGUACAAACAACGCCCAGAUGCACUGAAAUUUACCAGUAUACCUGAUCCACCUCCAGUUAUCCUGGCUAAGACUAACGCUCAACAGAUUAGUGAGAACCUGUAUCGGGAAGCGUGGGAUAAAGAGAAGGCACAGAUUAAUAUUCCUCUAGAUACCCCAUCAAUGCUGCUUUCCAAGAUGAAUGCUGUGAAUGUUAGCCAUAAACAUUAUACUGGAGCCUGGGAUGAUGCCAAGGCAAAAGGCUAUGACUUUAAAUUGGAAGCUCUUUCAUUCAAGCAUGCGAAAUCUUCCAGAGAAAUUGCCAGUGAGUAUAAAUACAAACAAACUUACGAGAGACAGAAAGGUCAUUACAUUGGAACCCCUUCAGUCAAAGAGGAUCCUAAACUUUCAUGGGCUGCGCGAGUAAUGAAAAUGCAAAAUGACCGUCUCUAUAAACAAGCAUACCACAAUUCAAAAGCCAAGAUCACCAUUCCCUAUGAAAUGGUGGCUAUCCAGGCAGCCAAACAAGGGCAGGCUUUAGCCAGCGACAUUGAUUACCAUCAUUAUUUGCACCAGUGGUCUUGUCUGCCGGAUCAGAAUGAUGUGAUCCAAGCAAAGAAAGCAUAUGAACUUCAGAGCGACGCUGUGUAUAAGUCAGAUCUAGAAUGGCUCCGUGGGAUUGGAUGGAUACCAAGUGGGUCUCCAAUAGUGAAAAGAGUCAAAUUUGCCCAGGAAAUCCUGAGUGACAAUGUAUACCGCACUCCUGCUGACCGUCUGAAGUUCACCAACAUUGUUGAUACACCGGACGUGGUCCUUGCUAAAACCAAUGCGGCACAAAUCAGUAUUCCUAAAUACCGAGAAGUUUGGGAUAAAGAUAAAGUUAUGAUCCAUGUGAUGCCUGACACACCUGAAAUAAUGCUUUCCAAGGCCAAUUCCAUCAACGUAAGCAAGAAACUCUAUAGGGACGCUUGGGACGAUGUAAAGAAAUACAUUGAUUACAGGGUGGACGCAAUUCCAAUCAGAACCGCCAAAGCCUCAAGAUUAAUUGCCAGUGAUUACAAGUACAAAGAAGGUUACCGUAAGCAAGUAGGACACCACGUUGGAUUCCGGAACAUCCAUGACGACCCCAAGCUAGUAUUGGCGAUGCAUGUAGCCAAAUUGCAGAGUGAGAGGGAAUACAAGAAACAUUUUGAGAAGUUUAAAACCAAGUUUAAUAGCCCAGUGGACAUGCUAUCCAUCUUGUUGGCCAAGAAAUGCCAGAAACUGGUUAGUGACAUUGAUUACCGCCGGUACCUCCAUGAAUGGAUAUGUUUGCCUGAUCAAAAUGAUGUCAUCCAAGCCAAGAAAGCCUAUGAGUUGCAAAGUGACGCUGUUUAUAAAUCUGACCUAGAAUGGCUACGAGGAAUUGGCUGGAUGCCAAGUGAUUCUGUCUCUGUCAACCAUGUCAAACAUGCUCAGGCCCUUAUUAACGAGAGGUUAUAUCGUACCAAAGCUGAUAGACUGCCAUUUACUCCGGUGGCUGACAGGGUUGAUUAUAUCACAGCCAAACAAGGUGGAGAAAUACUUAGCGAUGUUAAAUACCACCAGGAAUGGAAUAAUAUCAAGGCCAUUUAUACACUAACAGAUACACCUCGGUUGCAAGCAGUUAAAAAAGCAGCUAGGAUUCUUAAUGAGCAUCUGUACAAGGACAGCUGGGAGAAACAUAAAGCUACUGGCUACAGUUUGCCUCCUAACAGCGUGCCAUUUCGUCAUGCCAAGCAUUCUGAUAAUAUCCAAAGUGAGCUAAAAUAUAAGGCGGAUUAUGUCAUCCAAAGAGGCCACUAUGUUGGAGUCAAUAAUAUGAGAGAGGAUCCAAAACUGGUGUGGUUUGAGCAUGCUGGCAAGAUUCAGAAUGACAGGUUGUACAAAGAAUCUUAUCACAAAACAAAGUCCCACAUUCACAUACCCCCAGAUAUACGCUCCGUGAUUGCAGCCAGAGAUUGCCAGGAGAUUGUCAGUGAAAUUCCAUAUCGUCAUUACCUUCAUGAAUGGACAUGUCAUCCUGACCAAAAUGACUGCAUCCAGGCAAAGAAAGCCUAUGACCUUCAAAGUGAUAACCUUUAUAAAUCUGAUCUUGAAUGGCUCCGUGGCUGUGGUUGGAUUCCAUUAGAUUCGGUGGAUCAUCGGAGAGUAAAGAAUGCUCAGGAUUUAAUAAACAAGAGAAUCUACACAAAGGAAGCCAUUGAUAAUUUUGACCAUUUCACAUCCGUUGAAGACACUCCAGAUGUGGUUUUGGCAAAGGCAAACUCGAUCAUGCAGAGUGACGUGAAAUACAAAGAAACCUUUAACCUUCAAAAAGGCCACUACAUCGGUUCUGAUGACACACCAGCCUUGAAUCAUUCCAGACAGAUGGUAAAACUCUACAGCGAUUACAUCUACAAGGAUGCUUGGGAAUCAAACAAGGCUUACGGUUACACUUUGCCUCCAGACUACAUCCCAAUUGUUGGUGCCAAACAUGCCGAUUAUAUUAACAGUGAGCUCAAAUAUAAAACAACAUACGAGAAGCUAAAGGGCCAUUAUCUGGCGGGGAAAGAUAAAAAAGACUUUCCAAGUGUGCUCCAUUGUCUUGCUUUCCAAAAAAUGCGGAGUGCGUUGGCCUACAGGAAAAGUUAUGAAGACACCAAGGCACAUAUUCAUAUCCCAAGUGACAUGAUCAACCAUGUGCUGGCUAAGAAGUGUCAGUAUAUCCUCAGUGACCUUGAAUACCGAACCUACCUACACCAGUGGAACUGUUCCCCUGAAGAGAAUGAUGUGGUGCUGGCUCGAAAGGCUCAGGAGAUUUUGAGUGAUGUGAUAUACAAAGAUGAUUUAACAUGGCUGAAGGGAAUUGGAUGCUACGUGUGGGACACUCCUCAAAUCCUGCAUGCCAAGAAGUCCUAUGACCUUCAGAGUCAACUGAAAUACACAAAACAAGGGAAGGACAAUUUACCGAACUAUGGCGUGGUUAUGGACACUCCAGUUUAUGUAACUGCCGUUCAGAGUGGUCACAAUGCUAGUGAGCUGAGAUAUAAAGAACACUACCAUAAAACAAAGGACAAAUAUACCACAGUAGUGAAAACAGCAGAUCAUGAUAGGAUCCAGAAUCUCAAGCACCUCUUCAGUAAUAAUGUAUACAAGAAACUGUGGGAGAAAAUCAAGUCCAUCACUUAUAAAUUGCCUCCUGAUGCCGUGCCUUUCGUUCGUGCUAGGCAGCUGAAAUAUAAUGCCAGUAUUGUGAAAUAUCGGGAAGAGUAUGAUAAAUUCAAAGCUCUCUACACUAUACCUAAAGGUGUCCAGGAUGAUCCCAACACUGCAAGAUGCUUACGAGUUGGCAAGCUGAACAUUGAUCGCUUAUACAGAGACGUCUAUGAAAAGAACAAGGCUAAAAUCCAUAUUGUGCCAGACAUGGUGGGCAUUGUGACAGCUAAGAAAACACAGAAGAAAAUCAGUGAAGUUGAUUAUCGUGUCCAUCUCCAUCAGUGGGCUAGUAUUCCAGAUCCUCAUGCCAAUAUUCUUGCCCGAAAAGUCAAUAAUCAACUUAGUGAUGUUGUAUACAAAGAUGAUCUCAACUGGCUCAAAGGCAUUGGCUGUUUUGUUUGGGACACUCCUGAAAUUCUUCAUGCUAAACAUGCCUAUGACCUUCGCAAUCUUCUCAAAUACAAGGCGGAGGCAGAGAAAAUGAAGAGCAAAUAUUCGGUAGUCACACACACACCUCUCUAUGUUCAAAAUGUGCUCAGUGGCAAGAAUCUGAGUGAAGCUGUUUACCGCCAUAACUACGUGCAUCAUAUCAAAGGGAAAUAUACAUCAACAAAUAAGACAGUGGAUCUGGAGCGGGCAAAUCGGGCUUACAAGAUACAGAGUGAACCUCUCUACCGAAAUGCUGGCUUGCAUGCCCUUCCCACUGGAUACAAACUCCCACCAGAUACCCCUGGUUUCAAGCAUGCUAAACAUGCCUACUAUAUUGGCAGCGAUAUAAAAUAUAAAGAAAUUUUUGAACACAUCAAGGGCACUGGUUACAAUUUUGGGCCCAAAGCUGUUCCAUUUGUACAUACAAGGAAAGUCAAUAAAAUCCUUAAUGAGAGAAUGUAUCGGGAAGUAUAUCACAAAAAUAAAGAUAAGAUUCAUACUACACCUGAUACUCCACACAAUCGCCAAGUGAAAAUAAACCAAGAAGCUUUCAGUGAUCUUAUCUACAAGACUGAUUUCUUCAGGAUGCAAGGGCACUUGAUUUCCUUACCGUUUACUCCAGAAACUGUACACAACCGUUACGUUGGAGAAAUUACAAGUGAUAUUAAAUACAAAAGUGAUCUACAAUGGCUCAAAGGUCUGGGCUGCUUCCUGUAUGAUACUCCGGAUAUGGUCCGUUCAAGGCAUUUACGUAAACUUUGGUCUCAUUAUGCAUACACUGAUGCUGCCAAGAAAAUUCAAGAUAAGUACUCUGUGGUUCUGGACACCCCUGUUUAUAGAAAAGACCAGGAGCUAAAGACUCACCUUAGUGAGAUUGUAUACAGAGCUGCGGGUAAAGAGGCAAAGACUAAGUACACAUCAGUCCUUGAUACACCAGAUUUCAAAAGAGCCAAAAGGGGGCAAAAACUGCAGAGCCAGUACUUGUAUGUUGAACUCGCUACCAAGGAAAGACCACAUCACCAUGCUGGAGAUCAGACGCCUGCCUUAAAACUUGCUAAGCAUGUGAAGGACUUUGCCAGUGAGAAAAAAUACAGAUCACUCUACGAUAAACUAAAGGAUAAAUAUGUAACAGUCCCAGAUACACCAAUCCUCAUCAGAGCUAAGAAAGCUUAUCUGAAUGCCAGUGAUCUGCGGUACAAAGAAACAUUUGAGCGAACAAAGGGUAAAUACCACACUGUAAAGGAUGCCUUAGAUAUUGUCUAUCACCGCAAGGUCACUGAUGAUAUUAGCAAAAUAAAAUAUAAAGAAAAGUACAUGAGUGAAUUAGGAUUUUGGAGAUCUAUCCCAGACCGGCCAGAACAUUACCACCAUCGUGCAGUCACCGAUGCAGUUAGUACUGUUAAAUAUAAGGAAGAUUUAACUUGGCUCAAAGGCAUUGGAUGCUACGCAUGGGAUACUCCUGAUCUUGUCCUUGCAGGAAAAAAUAAGGCUCUGUAUAGUCCAUAUAAGUACAAGGAAACAUUUGAAAAGACAAAAUCCAAGUUCAAGUAUGUUGCUGACACACCAAUUAACAGACAUUUUAAAUAUGCUACUCGGUUGAUGGAUGCGAAAUUGUACAAAUCUGACUAUGAGAAGAAGAAGGAUAAGUAUUCCUUGGUGGUGGAUGACCCUAAAACCUUGCUGGCCAAAUGGGGAGGAGAGUUAAGCAGUCAGUACAAGUACAAAAGGCUGUAUGAAAAACAAAAGGACAAAUUUACAAGUGUUGUGGAUACUCCAGAACAUCUGAGGACUACCAAAGUCAACAAGCUAAUCAGUGAUAUUCUUUAUAAACUGGAAUUCCAGAAAGCCAAACCAAAGGGAUAUACUAGCAUUCACGAUACUCCCAUGAUUCUCCACGUACGGAAGGUCAUGGACAGAAUAAGUGAACUGAAAUACAAAGAACUCUAUCAACAGAACAAAUCUCACUGCAAUGUGGUACCAGAUUCAGUUCACAUUAAAGCUGCUAAGCAGGCUUACAAAGUGAACAGCAAUCUGGAUUACAAGAAGAAAUAUGAAGCAACCAAAGCUCACUGGCACUGGACUAUAGAUAGACCUGACUUUAUCCAAGCUGCUAAGACAUCCUUGCAACAGAGUGAUUAUGAAUACAAGCUUGACCGAGAAUACCUCAAAGGAUGCAAGUUGUCUGUAACAGAUGACAAAAACACAGUGUUGGCAUUGCAGAAUGCAAUCUUGGCAAGUGAUUUAAAAUAUAAAGAGAAGCACAACAAGGAACGGGGAAGCAUCCUGCCUGUUCCAGACACUCCUCAGAUCCUUCUUGCCAAGAUGGUUAGCUCUCUUGUGUCUGAGAACAAGUACAAAGAGCAUGUGAAGAAACAUCUCCCCCAUGGAUCUUUCACAAAAUUGCCAGAAACACGGGAUACUGUUCAUGUCAAAAAAGUCACCAGUAACGUCAGUGAGACAAAUUAUAAAAAGAAAUUUCAAAAACAAAAAGGCAAAUCAGAUUAUUCCAUCAUGGUGGAACCUCCUGAUGUGAAGCACGCCAUGGAUGUGGCAAAGAAACAGAGUACUAUUGAAUAUAAAAAAGAUGCCAAAUCACAGCUCCAUUAUACCACUGUGGCAGAUCGACCUGAUAUUAUGAAGGCCACACAAGUCUCCCAUUUAGUCAGCGAUAUUGAAUAUAAAGGCAAAGGUCGCAAAGAUGCUGGAGUAGGAGUCACCAUGCUUGGACGUCCAGAUAUUGAACUUGCCAAAGAAGUGUCCAAACUAACUAGCCAGAUCAAGUACAAAGAAAGGUUUGAUAAAGAAAAAGGAAAGAAGCCUCAAUAUGAUCUGAAGGAGAGCAAGAUCUACAAGACCUUGAAAGAUGCUCACCACAUCGCAAGUGAGAUUAAAUAUAAGGCCGAUCUGAAGAAACUUCACAAGCCAGUGACUGAUAUGUCUGAAUCUCUUGCGAUGAAUCAUGUUUUGAACACCAGCCACCUAGCCAGCAGUUACCAGUACAAGAAGCAGUACGAGAGGAAUAAAGGUCACUACCACGUGAUUCCAGAUAACCUCGAACAGCUCCAUCUAAAGGAGGCCUCAGAACUUCAGAGCAUAGUGAAAUACAAGGAAAAAUAUGAAAAGGAAAGAGGAAAACCCAUGCUGGACUUUGAAACACCUACAUAUAUCACUGCUAAGGAAGCCCAACAGAUGCAGAGUGAGAAAGAAUAUAAGAAAGAUUUUGAAGAGUCCAUUAAGGGCCGGAAUCUUACCGGUUUGGAGGUUACACCAUCUUUACUGCACGUCAAAUAUGCCACUAAAAUAGCAAGCGAGAAAGAAUACAGGAGAGAUUUAGAAGAAGGUGUAAAAGGCAAAGGUCUAACCAUUCUCGAAGAGACACCAGAUUUACUGAGAGCAAAGAAUGCAACCUAUAUCUUGAAUGAGAAAGAAUACAAGAAAGCUCUGGAGAUGGAAAUCAAAGGAAGAGGACUAACAGACCUUGCAUUGGAGACACCUGAUUAUAUGAGGGCAAAGAAUGCCACAGAUAUUGCUAGUGAGCUUAAGUAUAAGCACUCUGCAGAAAUGGAAAAAGCCAAUUAUACCACAGUUGUUGACACUCCAGAAAUCAUCCAUGCACAUCAUGUGAAGAACUUUUCCAGUAAGAAAAAGUAUAAGGAGGACGCAGAGAAAACCAUGCCAUACUAUGUGUCCGUGCUGGAGACUCCAGAAAAUCAGCGGGUCCGAGAAAAUCAAAAGAAUUUUAGCAUGCUUCAGUAUCAACAUGAUCUGCAGGACAGUAAGGGAAAAGUCACCGUUGUAAAUGAAACACCAGAAAUAAUACGAGUUAAAGAAAACCAGAAAAAUUUCAGCUCGGUUUUAUACAAAGAUAUCAUUGGAACAGGAACAGCAAUUGAAAAAACACCAGAGACACAGAGAAUUAGAAAAACCACAGAUGCCAUUAGCACGAUUAAGUACAAGGAACAGAUUGGAAAAGGAACUCCCAUUCCUGACCUUCCUGAAGUAAAACGGGUCAAGGAGACGCAGAAACACAUCAGCUCGGUAAUGUACAAAGAGAAUGCAGGGCAAGGAACUGCAAUACCAAGUACGCCAGAAAUAGAGAGAGUCAGACGCAAUCAAGAACACAUUAGCUCGGUGUUGUACAAAGAGAAUGUAGGGAAAGCGACUCCAACUCCUGUCACUCCAGAGAUGGAGAGAGUCAAACGCAAUCAAGAGCACAUUAGCUCGGUGUUGUACAAAGAGGACAUAGGGAAAGGAACUCCUACCCCUGUCACUCCAGAGAUGGAGAGAGUCAAACGCAAUCAAGAACAUAUUAGCUCGGUUAUCUACAAAGAAAAUUUGGGGAAAGCAACCCCAACACCAGUUACUCCUGAGAUGGAAAGAGCCAAACGCAAUCAAGAAAACAUUAGCUUGAUCCUCUAUUCGGAUAGCUUCCGGAAGCAAGUACAAGGUAAAGCACCCUUUGUCCUGGAUACUCCUGAAAUGAGGCGAGUUCGAGAGACACAACGGCACAUUUCCACAGUGAAAUACCAUGAAGACUUUGAAAAGACCAAAGGUAGCUUCACACCUGUUGUCACAGACCCCAUAACAGAACGUGUAAAGAAGAAUAUGCAAGACUUCAGUGACAUUAACUAUAGGGGCAUUCAGAGAAGAGUUGUAGAAAUGGAGCAGAAACGAAUUGGUCAGGAUCAAGAACUGAAUAAUCUAACAGGCCUUCGUGUAUGGCGAACCAAUCCUGGAUCAGUCUUUGACUAUGACCCAGCAGAAGAUAACAUUCAGUCGAGAAGCUUACACUUGCUGGCAGUUCAAGCCCAGCGACGUAGCCGAGACCAUUCACGUUCUGCCAGUGCUGUCAGUCUCAGUGGUGGGGAUGAAAAAUCUGAGCAUUCGGAGACCGCUGAUCAGCAUUUGUCAUAUUACAGCAAUGGAGGUUUCUUUCCUACGACUACAACAGUGGAUUACAAACAUGCCAAAACUGUAGAGCUGCCACAACAAAGGUCAUCAUCUGUUGCGACUCAACAGACUACAGUAUCUUCCAUCCCCUCUCAUCCAUCUACUGCAGGGAAGACUUAUCGUGCUAUGUAUGACUACACAGCAGCGGAUGCUGAUGAAGUCUCUUUCAAAGAUGGUGAUGCAAUCGUCAACGUCCAAGCCAUCGAUGAAGGAUGGAUGUAUGGAACUGUGCAAAGAACAGGCAAAACCGGCAUGCUUCCAGCCAACUACGUAGAAGCAGUUUAAAUGGAGGAGACUCACACUGACAUGGACAAUAAGAGGGCCCUUUAUGCCACAUCAGUUCAGUACAAUUCAUAAGUCGCCAAAGACCCUUAUUGUUUUCUCUCUCUUGAUACAGGUGAAGAAUUGUCUGGCAUCUAAAACUUUCAGGAAACAUUAUCAAUCCUAGUUUAACUAGGUGUUUUAAGAGAGUUUUGGGUACCCGAAAUUCAGGACGUCACCCCUCUUUUAAUCCAUCCGAAUUUGCACGAUUCAGUUUACUUUCAUGAAUCAUGGAAUUGUGUUUGUUGACGUGGUUUUGUCUUCUCAAGAGAUGCAGUGAUCACAGACGAUAAACACAACCGAAUGUAUCCAUGUCUGUUUCUAGUAUACAACACCUUAAACUAGUUAAAAGUGGAAAGCCUCUCGUCUGCUCUACUUAAGAGAAUGCUGAUGUGAUGCAUGCAUUUUUAACCUGCGUGUUCUUGGGUCGCAGUGGUGUUAAUUUUCUCUCAAAUUAGUGACUAAUAAAUGUCAUGUUUCCGCAAAA